GUUUUGUUUUGAUCUUAUCAUUCGCUUACCACACUGAAAUUAUUCGUUUCGUUGGUAAUUUUUGCAUUUUACGUAAAUUGCACAAUUAAAGGAAAACAAGUGAAUUAUGUCUCGACACGCUUUAAUAGGCGGAGGUACUGGUUUUAUCGGCAAAGGAUUGAGCAAACACUUAAUAAAAAAUGGUUAUGAUAUCACUGUCAUAUCACGCAUGCCAGGAUUAAACCGCAUAACUUGGCUUGACGUAGAACGAAACGGAAUACCAAAUGGCAUUACGUCUGUGGUAAACUUAGCAGGACAAAAUGUGUUAGAUCCAAGCCGUCGUUGGACAGAUGGUUUUAAGCAAAAUGUAUGGACUUCACGUGUUAACACCAGCGCCGCGUUGGUGAAAGCAAUAUCAGCAGCACCGCAAGUCAAAGCCUUUGUAAAUAUUUCGGGUGUAAGUCACUAUAAACCUGACAACAAACGCAUCUAUACAGAGAAUGAUACUGUCCAAGGAUUCGAUUUCAUGUCUAAGUUGUGUCUUGAAUGGGAAAAAGCUGCUACAUUGCCGCCAGAAAUUACUCAUUGUAGAGGAAUCAAAAUUCGUACGGGCGUAGUAAUAGCGCGAACAGGUGGUAUGAUUCAGAAUAUAUGGCUACCUUUUCAAUUAGGUCUUGGUGGCCCUCUUGGUAAUGGCAAACAAUUUCUCCCUUGGAUUCACUUGCAUGAUUUGUGCAGAUUGAUACAGCAUUCGAUAGAAACUGAUAAAAUUGAUGGCGUACUGAAUGCAGUAGCGCCGGAAAUGGUAACAAAUAGCGAGUUUUCAAAGGCAUUUGCCUCUGCUUUGAGACGCCCUUGUCUCUUUCCAGUGCCAGAGUUUGUAGUACAAGCUAUUUUUGGAAAGGAUCGUUCAGCACUACUUUUGACUGGAGCCAAAAUUAAGCCGGAGAGGACAUGGGAAAGUGGUUUUAGUUACCAAUAUCCUUCAGCUAAAGAGGCUUGCUUAGAGGUAGUCCAAAAACGAUAACUAAAAAUUUUGUAAUUUUUUUCGCUAGUUAUAAAAAGGCGUUAUUGAAAGAGGUUGAAAAGCCUAGACUAGCCUAUCCUAUA